AUGAAACGCGCAGCGGCUUCGAGGGAGACUGUGAGUCUCUCGGCGGCUUCUGCAGCUCUGUCUCCGCCCCCGAGCCGCGGGCGAGGCAUCUCGCAGGAGUCGUCUUUCGGUCGGGUUUUCCGCGCGCUGUUGCCUGAUAUCUCGCCGACAACGGUGACCUGCUUCUGCGCGUGCGCCGUUUACUUUUUCGCGUCCCUCGCGACGGUAUUUUUGAACCGCAUGCUUGUCGCCGAUCUGUUUCCCUUCCCCGUGACGCUGUCCUGGUUCCAGCAGCUCAUUGGUGUGCUGCUUUACAUGUUUUUGUCCGCGUUCGGGCGCGCCACGCGCGCGGCUGCGCUGCAUGAGGAGGAGGCGCGGAACGCGUCCUGCCCGUCGCAGCUGGCUUCUCCGUCGCUGGCGCGUCAGCCGAGCCUCUUUCUGCGCCGCACGUUGACAGCCUCUCUGCGCAGCCCGGCCGCCGCGAGCGUUGCAACGUUUUUUCCGCCGGUCUCGGUGACUCUGCGCACGCUGCGGCGCGUGCUGCCGCUCUCACUCGCCUUUGUGGGCAUGAUCGGCUUCUCCAACACCUGCCUGAAGCAUGUGCAGCUGUCGACCUACCAGGUUGCGCGCUCGUUGACGCUGCUGUUCAACAUGGUCUUGCAGCGGCUAUUGCUGGGCAUGCACGUCUCGCUGGGCGCGGUGCUCUCGUGCGGCGUCGUCUGCCUGGGCUUCACGAUCGGAUCCUUAGACGGCUCCACGCUGUCGCUCGCCGGCGCGCUGACCGGCGCGACCUCCUCGCUCUUUCAGGCCGUCUACACAGUCUACAUCCGCAAGACGCUGGACUCCCUCGGCGGCGCGCACGCGGCCGUUAUGCUCUACAACAUGCUCAACGCAGUCUCACUCUUCCCGCCGCUCAUCUGGUUCUCCGGCGAGCUGCGCGGACUUGCCGAGGCCUCGUUUUUCGCGGGCGACGGCGCCGCCCUCGCACACGGCGGAGCCGCGGCUUUCUGGAAGUGCUUGUGGAUUUUUAUCCUCGCGACAGUCUCGGGCGUCGUCGCGUUGUUUCUCAGCAUGUCGUCCUUCUGGAUCGUCGGCCUGACGUCGCCGCUGGCCUUCAACGUCCUGGGCUACGUCAAGGCCUGCGUGCAGACGUGUCUGGGCUUCGUGGUUUUUCACGAGAAAAUCACGCCGGAGGCCGUCGCCGGCGUGGCGCUCACGCUCUCGGGGAGUCGUGAGCCUCUAGGUCUGAAGCCUCAGCCCCGGACGAGUGCGCCGUGGGGUGUCUCCGCGGGCAAUGGCCGCACAAGGGCUCCGGCGGAGCUGCUCGGCGCGACCGGCUCCGAAAGCCACGGCACAAGUGGCGCCUGGUGGAGGACUUCUGCAACUGACAGAAAAGGCACAAAUGGGAAGGGCGGGGGGGCCGAAGCUCCUGCGGAACUGCAGGCCGCUCUCGCUGCCUGGCGACGCCCGUAG